GCACUGAUAGGCAGCACUGAUGGGCACUGAUAGGCAGCACUGAUGGGCAUUGAUGAGCCGUGAUGAGCAGGGGCAGACUGAUGAUUUGGAAACUUGGGCACUGCCUGAGGGCCCGGAGUCAGUACGGGGCCCCAUGAGAUGCCCCUGGUACCUUUUUCAUAGGCUUUUUUGAGUUUGGGCAAGGACACAGGGGCCCCAUGAUCCCCUAUUGCCUGGGGGGCCCCAUGAAUUGUCAGUCCACCCCUGGUGGU